AUGACGCUCCUCGAUGCUCACCUCGAGCAGAUUUCCUUUUGCGCCGCCUCAAUUGCAGAGCUACCAUUCGCUCCACCAAAGAUAUUCACCAAUGCCUUGCUACAAAAUCACGACAUCACCAGCCUGAUUCGGGAUACCGAACUGCAUGAGCGUGCACUCUUCUCCGUCCCGCCGCCGCCAGCUGCACCAAAACACGCGGAGCCAUCGGUAGCUGCAAACAGACGCAACACCAUUUUCAACGCGAAUGGCGCGGGAGCCAGUAUAUCAGGGGGAGGCGCAAAUGCUGUGAGAGCGCCCAGAAGAAAUACAGCCGUCGCAGCAGUGCUGGGCAAUGAUCUGGUCGAAAAGAUACGGAGAGGAGGUGGAGGUGGAGCCGGGUCUGGCCUCGGCUACAGGACCUACGAUGGGAACAACAAGAACGAGGUAGAUGUCGAGUCACUGCUCGAAGGUGCUGAGAAGUUACUUGGGGUGUAUCCAAUCCCAGGCGCCAAGGAGAAGAUAGCAGCAUUGCGCCAACGACACGCCCAAGUCGCAGCUUCCAUCGAUUACUACGAAGGCAAACUAGCAGAGCAAACCACGCAGCUGAGUCGCCUCAAUCGCAACCGAGACUUUGUAGACGACGAACCAGACGACGUGGAAGCAGAGCCCCCCGUUGCAGCCCCCAUGACCGACGAGGACCUAGCCAGGGAAGAAGAGGAAAUGAAACAACUCGAGAGGAAGAAGAGAGAGCUGGAGAGCCGCGUACAGUCCAUGUCACGGGAUAUAUCAGGACUACGGUAA